GUGCGGAACAGCGAACAGCAGCAGCUGGGUUCGCUCACUGCUGGCCGUCACCCCGUAACCAUCUCACGUUAUUGCACACUGGCAUUAUUGGCGAACUUGUGGACGCUGAGAUAAUAAUAUUAAUUCAUAGUCGUUGUGUGCAAGUCCAUGUGUAGUGUACGUAAGCGAGAGGGCAGGUAGAUUGGCGACGCGAUUGCGAGCGUGGCGUUUGAACUUGCAAGUUGAAUUGUCCUGCCUGGAAUUGGUGUUGCGCUUUGGGUGCACGCUCCGGUGUUGGGAGUUGGGUUUUUGUUUUGGCUUCCGUGGGAGACUUCAUUGCAUACCGCGUGGGCUACAAGGCCAGCGUAGUGAAGUAUGGUGAAAUUGUCCCCCACUCCCGACGCCUUCAUCCAAGCGGUGGAUUGACAAAGGGCUGUACAAGUACACACACGUUCCUCGUUAUUGAUCAUCCAUGCAAUCAAACAAGUGACAGUGGUUUUAAUUCGAACCUCAGAUCGAUUUCAGACACGGCUUGCAUCGGUGGCGAGUGGUAUCUGAGCCGGUCCUGGGCACCCUCCACUCCUUCACCAGCCUGGUGAAAGUAUGGUGAAAGUAUGGUCAAAUAACCUUCCAUGAUCAGCAAAAGUGGGUGGGGGAGGGCUUUCAUUCAGCAGUUGAUUGAGGAAGGUCUGCAAAUUAUCAAUCAUUAUUGCACCGAAUUAAAAAGAAAAUCUGUUGACAUAACAUAUACGUGAACCAGCAUUAGCUUUCAAUAGUAAUUGGUUGGCCAAGUCUAAAAAUAAAAACUGGGAUGUUCCCCCCCACCACUCCCCGUUCACUUCUCAGAGUACUCUGACCUGUGUUUUUUUCCCCUCCCAUUUACAAUGGAGCGGCAGCAGACGUAAACACACUGCGGUUUGGCUUCCUCGUUUUGCGUUUCCCGUAUGCCGAACUUCUUUCGCGCCGUACGUAGCCAACCUUGCUCAUCAGAGACGCGCGGGGACAAAAAACACAAAGCAUCCCCGCCCCCCCCACCGUCCGCUUUCUGUUUCACAUUCUUCUAGAGUUACGUGGCAAGGAACCUGACAACAGCGCGCGUUUUCAGCCGGCCAGGAAGUCGUGGAGCGCACAGGGCACGAGAUAACAACAGCAGCCACCUCCUGGAUUCGUCCUCCUCGCAAGCGGACCGGCGGACGCACGCACGCACGCACGGAUUGCUCCGUAGCCACGGCGAACGAGGCAGCGGCCACCCGGGAUGGGAGAGCCGGGAGUGGAGGACUGCGGGUGCGCUCGAGUACCUGGGAGAGGAAGCGCCGCUGCCCACGAUGGGGCGCCUGCGUCUGGCCGAGGAGGGGCCCAUCAAAGCCGACGAGACCUCCCCCGGGGCGGCGGAGAACGGCGGCAGCAGCAGAAAGUCGCACGUGGACAUCAACGACCCCUAUUACGACGUGGCUCGUCACGGCAUCCUGGAGGUGGCGGGUGACGACAGCUACGGCCGGCGCGUUGUCGUGUUCAGCUGCUGCCGCAUGCCGCCUUGUCACCAGCUCAACCACCACAAGCUGCUGCAGUACCUGAAGCACACUCUCGAACACUACGUGGAGAGCGACUACACACUCGUGUACUUCCACUACGGCCUCACGAGCCAGAACAAACCCUCGCUCUCGUGGCUGCGCGACGCCUACAAGCAGUUUGACCGCAAGUACAAGAAGAAUCUCAAGGUCUUGUACAUCGUUCACCCGUCAAGCUUCAUUAAGACCGUGUGGAAUUUUUUCGGGCCCUUGAUAAGCCGCAAGUUCGUGCGUAAGGUCGUGUACAUCAGCUGCCUCGCCGAGCUGCAGCAGCACAUCAGGGGCAGCCGAGUUGCCAUCCCGGACGAGGUGAUUAGGCACGACGCGGAGCUGAGAGCGGCGCAGGCGGGGGGCACCGCGGCGGCGGCGCCGGUGAAGCGGAAACCACCACCUCGGCCUCCUCUGCCCACCCAGCAGUUUGGGAUCUCGCUGGCCGUGCUCAAAGAGAAGAGCAGCGGUGAGGACAUUCCCCUUGUCAUGAGAGAGACGGUGGGCUACCUGAAAGAAAAUGGCUUGAAGACGGAGGGUUUGUUUCAACGCUCCGUGAACGUUCAGCUCAUUAAAGAAGUUCAGCAGAAGUACAACCUCGGCAAGCCCGUGCGCUUCGAUGAGUACAACAAGGAGGACGUUCGCGUGGCCGCCGUCACCCUCAAGACGUUCCUGCGCGAGCUGCCCGAGCCGCUGCUCACCCUACAGCUCUACCACAAGAUCCUCGCGCUGCACCGGGUGGAGACGAGUCUGCGCAUCACCAGGAUAAAGGAGAUGCUGCAGACGAUCCCUGCGCUGAACUACAACGUCCUGAAAUUCCUCAUGUGCUUCCUCAACACGGUACUGGACGAGAGCAUCCACAACAAGACGAGCGCGCGGAACCUGGGCUUCGUGUUCGGCCCCAACCUCGUGUGGCCGCGCGACGGGGGCCACUCGCUGGACCGAGCGCUGCCGAUCAUCGCCUUCGCCGAGCUCCUGUUCGAGUUCCACGGGUGCAUCUUCUCGCCGCCGCCGCCGCCGGCGGCAGAGAAGAAGCAGGAGGAGGGAGAGCUGCCUUCGGGCAGCCUCGGCAAUUCCUGACGCGGCGUUGAGGGCGGCUGCGUGCAGGCCCUGAACCAAACUGUGACAUUUAAAACGCAUGCACUUACGGGGGGGGCAUAGUUACAACACAAUAUUGGGGUGCGAGAUCGGCGUCAUCGUCAUCGUCGUUGUCGUCGCCAUCACCGUCGGCCACGCGAGACCCACUGCGGCAUGAAGUCCUCCCCAAGUCGCCACCGUCCAUCACGGUCCUGUCAAGCAUCAAUCCACGAUGCAUCAAUCCGCCCCAACACCGACAUCUCCAUGGUGGAUGUCCUCUUGGGUGCUUUCCCCUCCUUUGGCCGCCACUCCGUAGCUAUUGUCAUCCACUUGCCUAUCCUCAUGCGAUGCCCAAGCCCACCGUCGACGCUGCACAGAAACGGAGCGCUCGUUUAUCGUGGACGCACACCAGGCAGCGUGGCUGGAACUGUUUUCAACAUUCGUCACAAUUCUACGAGUUGUCGUAACUCGGGGUCACGAUUUUUAUUGUUCAUUUUAUUUUAUUUCGGGGAGCGGACGUGCCUCAUUGUGGCGGCAGUGGCCACGUGAUCCCUGUUACAAUACGUACCGCGUACAAGGGUCAAAAAAUAUCGUACAUUUUUUUUUCCCCAAACUCGCGCACGUAUACCUUGUUUCCUCUAGAACAGUGGGGUCCACAAACCUUUUCGACUUGAGAUCAUCCCCUUUUUUUUAGUUUGACCACAAAUUGCUGGGGGCGAUGGGAGGCAUGGGGGGAGGGAGGCGGUCACGGGCAGUAUUAUCAUAGUGUUCACUCGCCAUGGUCAAGCAAUCCAUCGCAAUAAUGAUAUCGGCAGAUUUAUUUCAUUAUUUAAAAAAACACGUGCCUUGCUGUUUUGAGUGGCAACCUCCCUCGACAUGGCAACGGGAGGGGACUGCCCUGGGGUGAUGCGGCGGUGGUGGUGGUGGGGGUCGCAACCCACAGUUGAAGAAAUACCGCUGCGUAAAUUGUUUGCUACUCCCUCCAGCUCCAGGUAAGUCCCCUCCCCGCCUUCCUACUAUUCGACCUUUGACCUCAACCAUGUUACCAGCUCACACGACCGAUGAUGCCCUCCCGGCUUGAGGCUCGCUAGGCCGAGCACGGGAUGGACUUAACCCAGUGUGGAGUGCUGGCAUGGUCGCGCUGUGGGAAAAUGCGGCAUCUUAAAAUGCCCUUGUACACACAAGGGCGGAACACGCGUUGAUAAAGAAGCCAAUGCAUUACCACCGCGUGAGGUUUUUUAUUUCUCAGCGGUGAUGCUUUGGCCGUGCGACGCUCGCGAUGGGUUCACGGGAUGCGCCGCGUGUUGUUCUGCACGGUGUGUCCGACGUUUCGCGCCGCGUACUGCCAGCUUCAGGAACGGAGAAUUGCAUGGUGCAACCCGAAAACACGACAGUUCUGCACUGCAGAGACUUUUUUGUUAAGCGCAGUGGCAAUUUUAAACGCGUGAACUUGCGUUACUGCGAAGUCGACAUUUUUUCUUCGUCCAUGCCGGCGUCCACUGGUCACUAAGCUAUUGACGGCGUGGACUAGAAAAACGAGUUUUUAACCAAAGUACAAAACCUUAUUUUCUUCCUUUUUCCGUUUUGUAUUGCUCGUAUUAUUGCAUAGUUUUAGUGCUGGCCAUGCUGAUGACAAUGAUGUGAGAAUGCACACUUGAGUGAUUUUUUUUUUUUACACGCUGAAUUUUUAAAAUAUUUAACUUUCACAAAGGGCCGAACAUUUGUUGUUUGACACGUUGUACAAUUUGUGCACGCCGCGACGUUUAAGGCCGUUCUCUGCAGACGUGACACGCCAUCAGAUGGUCGAGCGGCGUCAUCCGCUGCAGAGUGGUGGUGGUGGUGGGGCAAAUUCACUGCACGCCAAGAAGCAGACUGGGACAUCACUACGCUUGCCACAACAACAUGAUUGGUUUCACUUUUGUUCCGUGCGCGGUGAUGGACAGUGGGGUUUUUUUUUGGGUUGCUUCCAAUUUACGAAAACAAAUUCAGGCCCUCCUGCCCCCGGGGCCGCUUGCGAUUGGCAUCGCGAUUGUAAAAAUCACUGAAUAGUGGAGUGGCAGUGGCUCUGCCGCCGUUCGGCAUGCGCGGUCGAGUAUUGCCGCCGUCACCUCCUGCCAGAGACCGAUUGCGCUUUGCUUUGCCCGAGCCGUGGGUGCCGUGGGUGCCGUGUGGAUACACGGCAACCAUCAAUAAACGUGCAAUUACUGAAGGGGGGAGGGGGGUCGGUGAUAGAAACACACCCAAUAAUUUUCUCAAUUCAUAUUCGGGUAUGUUUAGUGAAUGUUUUGUGAAACGUGACAAGGUAACAGGGUGCAAGGAAAUACAUAGAAGAUUGAAAUUAAAUAGCUGCCCCCCCCCCCCUCUUCCACCACUGCAUUUGCAAACAUGCCAGGGACUGUUUUUGUUGAGAGGGAUUGGAAGAGCCACUUUAAUUUAGUGAUCGCCUCUGCUGCUGCUGCUCUGAGUUCGUGUAAACAUGCACGCGUUCAAUAAAAAAUAAAUGCAUA